AAUGUUUCCCCCCAGUUAUUCUGUUCAUAUCCAUUAGCAUUUUACAAUUGUGUUCCUUAUUAAUGAAUACUAUGAUAGACGACAUAAGAAGCUGUUACAAUAAAACCCAAAUCCUUGUUUUCCAUCUCCUGGAGUAGAGAUAGCUUCCCAUGAAAGUUGCAAUUUCUAAAGUCCGAAUCUGUUAACAUUGUGUCUAGCUGUCAAAUCAAAUUUCCUUGAUUUUUAAUAAGAACGUGCAUGAUUCAUCUGAUCAUAUAUAACAUAUAAUAACCAAACCAGAAUUUAAGUCAAAUCCUCGGUGAUCGGAAAGAAAAAACAAAGAAGAAGAUCUAGAGAGAUGGAAGAAGAACUCAAGAACUUCAUCAAGGUUUGGUUUUAUGCAAUCAUCUCUGUAUCUUAUUGCUACUACUUAUCAUCCAGAAUCAAACCUGGUGCUUUACGAUUACUCUCUGUUCUUCCAGUUAUUGCUCUGUUUCUUUUUAUUCCUCUGUUUUUCUCCUCUGUUCACUUCUCUGGAGCCUCAGCGUUUUUCUUCACAUGGCUCGCCAAUUUCAAACUCAUCCUCUUCUCCUUCGACAAAGGUCCUCUUUACCCACUUCCCCAAAACCUCUCCCGGUUCAUCUUCUUCACUUGCUUCCCCAUCAAGCCUCAGCAAAACCCUAAAUCUCAAAACCAGAUCCCCAAAUGGGUUUUCGCCAUUAAAGUCCUCGUCUUUGGUGUGUUGUUACAUACGUAUGAUUACAAACAACAUUUGUCUUUCACCACGCUAUUGGUUAUAUAUUCUCUGCAUAUAUAUUUAGAGCUUGAGAUUCUCUUAAUGCUCGUUAAAGUUUGGGUCUUUAUCUUUCUUGGAUGCGACCUAGAGCCACAGUCCAAUGAACCAUACUUAGCCACUUCUCUUCAAGAUUUCUGGGGUCGCCGGUGGAACCUCAUGGUCCCGGCGAUUCUCCGGCCAGCUGUUUACAACCCGGUGCAGCGAAUGGCCGAAUGGAAAAUGAGCUCUGAUCAUGCUAGGUUUCUGGCGGUUUUGGCGACGUUCUUGGUCUCCGGUGCAGUUCACGAGCAGAUUUUCUAUUAUAUUAACCGUGAGAUGCCUACAGGAGAAAUCACUUGGUUCUUUGUGUUGCAUGGAAUUUGCACGGCUGCCGAAGUAUUGGUGAAGAAGAGGACGUUUGUGGGGGGGUGGAAGGUGAGUCCGAUGGUUUCACGACUGCUUACGGUAGGGUUUGUUGUGUUGACCAGUGGAUGGUUGUUUUUCCCUCCUCUUAUAAGGGGUGGCAUGUUUGUGAGACUCCCUAACGAAGCCUUGUUGUUUAUUGAUUCUGUCAAGCACAAGUUCUUUACGUUUGGGUCAUGAUACGUGGAUGUAUGUGUGUUUUAUUUAUAGCUGGAUUAUGGAAUUGUAUUACUUUGUGGAAUUUCAUAAUACAC